GAUGGGCUAGUAACGCUCGCCUAGCAUUCUUUUUAUCGUUGAGCGGCGAGAAGGCUGUGUCCAGUCUGUCACUGCAAUUGGAACGCGUACUCAGGCUCGAGCUCUUGUUCUGCCAGAGCUUCUAUGUGGCGUAGCCUGCGGUUUCCAGGACAGCCAUUGCUUUCAGCUGCGGCUGUUCUGCGACCAUAUAUCGCGCUUUGGCCUGCGCUGUUCUUUCAUGGCAAAGCGAGGCUGGCCCGCGCGCACUGCUUCAGCCUCGUCCUCGAGUACUGUCGCACCGCCACGCGAAACCUGGCUGUCCGUCCCACGUGUCUACCGCAUGCCUUCUAUGACUGUUGCCGCUGCAUCGGGUCUCGAGGGCGAUGCGCCAUGCGCCACGCGUAUGGGAACUUCGUGUCGCUACUUUGUUACCUGAAAUUGCUUUAUCGGGAGCCGUUGCCGAGCCACCGCUAGCUGACUAUACUGGAACCUGAGCACCGAGUUGCUUUGUUUUGAAUUUCAAGCCGUCCAAAGCGCCUCAACCUGCCACUCGUGCAUGCUCUAUACACCGAUCCCAAUCAUGUCGCAAACGAUGAACGAGGAUCUGUCUGUAGGCAUCGAUAUCGCGCCGUCGCGGGACUCGGUCAC